AUGGCCAGUUUCUCAUGGUCGGACAGCGUCCAAGCUGCCUUCUCUUCUUGUCUUGUCUGCCUGCACUCUUCAUCAGAUACAGAUCAUACACAGUCACCAAAUUCCAACUCGCGCCCCUCACGACAAUCGAAUGCCUUGAUCAGCACUAUGCCGCCACCACGUGCGCGGCCUGACGAGCUCGAAGGCCUCCUCGCGGACUCGGACUCAGCAGACGCAGAGACGAUGUCGCUGCACUCAAACAUCGGUGAAGAGCAUAGACGAAAAAAGCGCCGGCGGCCAAGGAAGGGCAUCAGGCUCUUCGGGCUCGACCUGUUUGGACGCCCACCAAUUCACCUAUCGGAGUCAGAGUCCGAGGGCGAGCGGUCAGGACGGAGAGAUCGUACGAUCUCAUCCUCUACACUUGACUCAGACGCUUCCCCGCUGGAUCCGUCUGCCAUCGAGCAGUUCUCUGCUACGCGUCUCGCUGCGGCGACCGCGGCUGCGGACGAGGAGCGCAGGCGAGCGAAAGAGGAGCGGAGGAUGUUGAGGAAGGAAAGGAAGCAGCUCAAACGAGUAGCGAUGGAAAUGGGGCUUGGACUGCAGCAUGGAGGCGAGGAGUUUGAGGGUUUCCAGGGAAGCGGGAGUGGAUAUCCCACCUCAUAUAACAAGGGUCCUGGCUCCGGUUCAGGCUCUAUGUCAUUUCCUGGUUCGCCGUUUACAGAGGAGUUUGGGCCGUUCAUGGAGGGACAGCAGGUUGCUCCCGAUGACGACGGCGAUGCCGGUGCAGACUUCGGCGCAGAAUCAUACACACGCCCGGCUACCCAUUCCACAUCAUCUGGCACGGGAUCAGACUCGCGCUCGCGCACUUCUGCCUCAGUCUCUAACUCAAACUCGACGUCGAAUGUAGACCCAUCGCGAUAUAAUCACCAUUAUCUGACGCAGCAGCCAGCGCCGCUCGCUUCGCCCACUUUCCGCAGCUCACCUCAGCAACCGCACAAGAAACAGAAGCGCAGAUCGACGAAGUCCAAGUCUCAUUCUGCCAAGCAGUCCGAGUCGUCGGGCUCGCAUUCUCCGUCCCUUCUCACUUCGCAGUCGCCGUCAAUUCAAUCACCUCCGGCAGACCGCGCAUUCGCACAGCCAGAAAUUGCAGCCCCUCCGUUUUCCGAGGAUGCUCCCGAAGCUCAACUUAACGGGUUUUCUAGCGCUGCACUGCGUCCUCAGGGACAGAAGGUCCUGUCAGUCCCCUCACCUGUGGAUGAGGGAUUCCCGAGCGUGGGUCUCCGCGGUCUACAGCGCACGAAGAGUGACAUGGGUGUAUUCUUGGCACGUCGUGGAGACGACUGA